CUUCCCGGAUCCGAGCCCAGACGGCGUCGGCCGGGGCAGCCUGGGCGCCGCGACCCUUGGCGGCCACAGGGGGACGGGGAGGAGGAGGAAGAGGCGGAGGCAGCGGCGGCAAGGAGGAGGAGGGCUCGCUCGCCUGUUCCGAAGUAGACAUGGUGGACUGAUCCCCGGCAGGGCUGAGAGCAGGGAUUCCCGAGGCUUCUCCGCGCGUGGCCAGCUGCGCGUCCCGCGCCCUGCACGCCCCUCGCCGGUACCCGCCUUCCCGCCGCGCCCAGGGCCCGGUCCCUAUGGAGGCGCCGCUCGCCGGCGAGGCCGCCGACCAUGCCUAGGAGGGCCGGGAGCGGGCAGCUGCCGCUACCCCGGGGCUGGGAGGAGGCCAGGGACUACGACGGCAAGGUCUUCUACAUCGAUCACAACACCAGGAGGACCAGCUGGAUCGACCCCAGGGACAGGUUAACGAAGCCCUUGUCCUUCGCUGACUGUGUCGGGGAUGAGCUGCCAUGGGGAUGGGAAGCAGGGUUUGACCCUCAGAUUGGUGCCUACUACAUCGAUCACAUCAACAAAACCACACAGAUUGAAGAUCCGAGAAAACAGUGGCGGGGCGAGCAGGAGAGGAUGCUCAAGGACUAUCUCUCUGUGGCCCAGGAUGCACUCAGGACACAGAAGGAGCUGUACCACGUGAAGGAACAGAGGCUGGCGCUGGCCCUCGACGAGUACGUCCGCUUAAAUGACGCCUACAAGGAAAAAUCAAGUUCUCGCACAAGCCUCUUCUCAGGGUCUUCAUCCAGCACUAAAUAUGAUCCUGAUAUUUUAAAAGCUGAGAUCUCCACCACGCAACUAAGGGUUAAAAAGCUGAAGAGAGAACUCUCGCAGAUGAAGCAAGAACUUCUCUACAAAGAGCAAGGCUUUGAAACACUGCAACAAAUUGAUGAAAAGAUGUCUGGAGGCCAGAGCGGGUAUGAACUUGGUGAAGCCAAAGCCAUCCUGACGGAACUGAAGUCUAUCAGAAAAGCCAUCAGCUCAGGAGAGAAAGAAAAGCAAGAUCUGAUGCAGAGUCUUGCUAAGCUGCAGGAGCGCUUCCAUGUGGACCAGAACAUGGGCAGCUCGGAGCCAGACCUGAGAUCUAGUCCUGUGAACUCCCACCUCUCUCUGUCCCGACAGACCCUGGAUGCUGGGUCACAGACAAGCAUUUCUGGAGAUAUUGGGGUGCGGAGCCGAUCAAAUUUAGCUGAGAAGGUCAGGCUGAGUCUCCAGUAUGAAGAAGCCAAAAGAAGCAUGGCUAACUUGAAAAUUGAACUGUCAAAGUUGGAGAGUGAGGCCUGGCCCGGGGCCCUGGACGUCGAGAAGGAGAAGCUGAUGCUGAUCAAGGAAAAAGAAGAGCUUUUGAAAGAGCUGCAGUUCAUCACUCCGCAGAAACGCACGCAGGACGAGCUGGACCGCCUGGAAGCAGAGCGCCAGCGACUGGAGGAGGAGCUGAUGUCCGCACAAGGCUUGCCGAGCAGGGCUCUGGCCGAGAGAUUGAAAUUAGAAGAGAAAAGAAAAGAGCUGCUCGGGAAGCUUGAGGAGACUACUAAAUUAACCACUUCCUUGUACUCACAGCUCAAAAGCCUCUCCUCCAGCACACUGUCCAUGUCGUCUGGCAGCAGUCUGGGGUCCCUGACGUCCAGCCGCGGCUCUCUGAACACCUCCAGCCGGGGAUCUCUCAACUCCCUCAGUUCCAGUGAGCUCUACUACAGCAGCCAGGGCGAUCAGAUGGACGCAGACUACCAGUAUAAACUAGACUUCCUUCUUCAAGAGAAGGGUGGCUACAUUCCUUCUGGGCCCAUCACCACCAUUCACGAGAACGAGGUGGUCAAGUCUCCCAGCCAGCCUGGCCAGAGCGGACUGUGUGCCGUGGCAGCUGCAGCCCCCAGCCACACACCCCCACUGACCGAGGCCUCCAAGUCAGUGACGUCCCUCUCCUCCAGGUCCUCUCUGUCAUCCUUGUCCCCUCCCGGCUCCCCUCUGGUCUCGGACAGCACAUUUCCAGUGUCCCCUCACGACCCCUCCGUGCACCAGUUCUCCGUUGACUUUGAGGACUGCGGCUUGAGCAGCCACUUUGCCGACAUUGGCCUUGAUGAUAAUCAGGUCUUGCUGGAUUCAGACUCAGGAGCGUCCCAGUCUCUCUUAGAGGAUAAAGACCUUGACGAAUGUGCAGGGGAGCUGCUGUAUGAAGGAGCAACAGAUGUGGAAAAGUCAUUGCCCAAGAGAGGAGGACUCCAUCUGCGUGGAGACAAAACUGCGCGUGUGUCAGCCGCUGCCUCUGACGAGUCCGUGGCUGGAGACAGUGGUGUCUACGAAGCCUCCAUGAAACAGCCUGGUGAAGUGGAGGACACGCCCUACAGUGAAGAGGACAUCACCAUUGUGGAGACUGCCCAGGUGCAAAUAGGACUCAGAUACGACACAAAAAGCUCAAGUUUCAUGGUGUUUAUAGCACAGCUCCGAAAUCUCCAUGCCUUCCUUAUACCUCAUUCUUCAAAAGUGUAUUUUAGGGUUGCUGUGCUUCCCUCCUCAGCGGAUGUGAGCUGCCUAUUUCGAACAAAAGUCCAUCCACCCACGGAAUCCGUGCUGUACAAUGAUGUGUUCAGGGUGGCCAUCUCUCAGGCGGCCCUGCAGCAGAAGACCCUGAGAGUGGAUCUUUGCUGUGUCAGUAAACACCGCAGGGAAGAAUGCCUGGCUGGGACUCAGAUCAGCCUAGCAGAUCUACCGUUUUCCAAUGAGAUCUUCAUGCUGUGGUAUAAUUUACUUCCUUCCAAGCAAAUGCCUUGCGAAAAGAAUGAAGAAAAGGAGGCGCCUGUAGUCUACUCAGAGGAGCCGGGCCUGGGUCCUAUAGACCUGGAUGCCGUGUCAGCCUUGCUUGCAAGAACUUCAGCUGAGCUGUUGGCUGUGGAACAAGAACUGGCCCAAGAGGAGGAGGAGGAGGAGGGAGAGCCGAGGCCUAAAGAACAGCGGGUCCCAGGGGGAGACUGCUUAGCGAUGCUUAGAGAGGUCUCUGAUGAAACUGUGGCCGCAGACGAGGCUGAAGUUCACUUGGCCAAGGACAGUCGCACAGAAGACCCCAAUUCCUGCACUAAUGGGCCCGAGACAAGUGAAGACCAGUGUAGGAAAAACAGCGAGCCUGCUGCAGACCCUGCUCAGCCACCAACUGGAUUUCCCACCCUGGUCGAUAAGGAGACGAAUACCGAAGAAGCAGUGGAUAGCAAUAUGGCGGUCCGCCCCAAAGACCGCAGCGGCCUGAGCUCCCGACAGCAUCCCUUCGUGAGAAGCAGCGUGAUAGUGCGCUCACAAACCUUCUCCCCAGGCGAGCGGAGCCAGUACAUCUGCAGGUUAAAUCGCAGUGACAGUGACAGCUCAACCUUGGCCAAAAAAUCUUUGUUUGUGAGAAACUCCACGGAACGGCGCAGUUUGCGGGUUAAAAGGGCCGUCUGCCAGCCCUCCCUCAGGAGGACUGCUCAGGAAUGCCCUGUGCGCACAUCUCUGGACCUGGAGCUGGACCUGCAGGCCUCGCUGACCCGCCAGAGCCGCCUCAACGAUGAGCUGCAGGCCCUGAGGGACUUACGGCAGAAGCUGGAGGAACUGAAAGCUCAGGGAGAGACUGACCUUCCCCCAGGCGUGCUGGAGGAUGAGAGAUUCCAGAAGCUUCUGAAGCAAGCAGAGAAGCAAGCUGAGCAGACGAAAGAAGAGCAGAAGCAAGACCUGAACGCAGAGAAACUGAUGAGGCAGGCGUCCAAGGAUGUGUGCCGGCUGCGGGAGCAGAGCCGGAAGGUGCCUCGGCAGGUGCAGUCCUUCAGGGAGAAGAUAGCCUACUUCACGCGAGCGAAGAUCAGCAUUCCGUCCCUGCCAGCUGAUGACGUGUGACCCUGCGGCUCAGUGUUACUCCCCACCUGCUCUCUUUCCAAGGGAGGGUCAAAGACUGAACAUUUGCUGUUUGUUGUUUUUAUUUUUGUUGGGGGGUGGGGCUUUUGUUGCCUGUAACCUAACUGUCAAUCUUGAAGAACUUGCGUUUCUCACCAGUCUCAUCAGGUUAAUCUCUAAGCUCCUUUGAAUGUAACUCUUACAUGCUUUGCGAAGGAAAAAGAAUUCACAGGACGGAAACGGGGUGAUCUGGUCCCCACGUGUGGCACAGUGUGUAUGUGCAACCCCUGGGCUUCACUGUGCAAAGUGGAACAGAGGCCGCAGGUGCCCAGUGCAUCCCUGCUGAGCCCACUGCAGGGGGCAGCCACGCAGGAGCUGAGAAGUGGAACAGAGGCCACAGGUGCCCAGUGCAUCCCUGCUGAGCCCACUGCAGGGGGCAGCCAUGCAGGAGCUGAGAAGCUGCUCCCACCAAACCAGAGUCCUGAGCUAGAAAGCCACACUUCCCCACUGAAGGUGCUCGCAAGCAAGCAUCGCCCUGCGUCCACCCGAAACAGGCGCGUCCUUCCGUCAGCUGGGUCUGGCCCUCUCAUUUCCACAAGACAUUUCUUUCUGCCCUCCUAAACUUGUCUGGAGAAAACAAAACAUGUGAAAUGCUGAAUACAAGAACAUGAAAAGCCAAGGUAUAGUCCCACUGUAGAGAGCUGUGGUUGGAACAGAAUGGGAAGGGGGCACCAGCUCCCGAAAAACACCAAGGAAACGCAACUGAUGCUUAUGUGGCCUCUGCUUCUAACGCAAUCUGAACCUGCAGAGCUGUCUUUCUGGCCUGUACCAGUCCUAGGGAUAAAGGCAAUGCCACAGAGAAGCAUGAGGUGGCCCUGGGUUCUAAUGACAGCGUAGGCAGAGCAGAGGGGACCCACCCACAGCACACGCGGUAUGGAGGGGACAUACCCAUGUUCAGUAGGUGAGGUCGGAUGGGGCGCAUCUUAAUGAGAUCAAGCUGGCCAAAGAGAACAGUUAGUCCACAGGUUUCUAGGCUUACUAGGAACUAUUUUGCUGCUGUCAUCUUUAGGGGAGUCUCUCAGUGAGUCAGCAGUCGGACGCAAAAACACAGGGUGUGCCUGAGGGUACUGAGAGUGUGGACUGGGUCACUUAAACAUAUGUAUAUUUGGGGGGAACAAACAAGAUAGAAAUUGUUCAAAGUAUCCUAUUCUCCGGGUUAGGUUUUAACCAGAACAGGGCACUUCUUUUUUUAAAAAAGAAAAAGAAAGGAAGGGAGAGGAAAGAAAAAGACUCAGCAUCAAAGUGUUAAAAUACAUAGGUUUUAGGUAAUUUAAACCAUACUUACUUAGUCUGUCAUACUGGAAGAAGCCGGGUUUUGGUGAGCCAUCUUAUAUAGCAAGCUAAAUUAUUUUUAUUUUUUUAAUGCAAAAUAAUUUUAUAGGAAUUUUAAAAAGAAAGUUAGGCAAGAAAAAUCUGUUUUUAAAAAGAAUUAUGUUCUGCUGGAAUCCCCAUUAGUAAGAACUUUUAUUUUCCUGAAUCUAUGCAGAUUUUAGAAAGUUCAUCCUAUCAGAAUCAAAAUGUAUACCCAGCCAGAACUUCAGUUAUCAGCUGCCGCACCGAAAACUCCAGUCGUUUUCCCUCAGUGUUCCACAGCUUACACCCAACUUAGAAGAUGUAACUGGACGUGACAGCACUUGGAACAGAAAACAGCCUAGUGGCAGACUGAGUCCCAUUUGCCCUGCAGGUGACUGGAGGGAGCUGAAGUGCCCCCCCCCCCCAUCCAGGUCAACUGUGAACAGCAGAGGUUUAUUUAAUACAGUGCUAAAUAAAGGUCAGCUGUCUUCAGCAGCAGAGUUUGGCCCACGGACCUGUCCGUAGAAUUUUGUGUAGUUGUACCGUACGAUUUUAUUUUCAUUUAUUUAUUUACGGUCUUAUUUAUGUUCUGUUUAAUAUAUAGUUCGGUUCUGGCCAUCUUAAAUGUUGGGCUUACAAGAGGCUAUAUUGGAGUGUUACAGCUUUAUGAUUUUCAUCAGUUUUAUUGCUAACUUUUUGUAUUACAAAAAGUCUCAGACGAGUACUAAAGAAUAAAGUGUGUCUCAGGCUGGUAGCUCACAGUUGUGACUGGGGGGCUUUGGUUUGAUUUUACAGAACAUGCUCGUUUCUAACAUGAGAGAAGAACUUAUUCUAGUAGAAUCUUCCCCCACACUAAGAGUCAGCAAUAGUAUUGUGGAUUACACGCAGCUUGACGUGGGCCACCGCAUUUGUAUUAACCCACGAUUCAAAAUCAUCUUACUAACUCAAUCACAAAACCGUAUGGGAAAAUAAAAAUUUUAAUGUUAUUAAAAAAUAUUUUUAAAGGUAGAAUUUAUUCUGGACAGGAAAAAAAGAAUUUAAUAUUUAGCUCUCAAGUUUGGAUUAUCAGUAUAUUAUUACAGUUCUAUAUACCAGACUUUUAAGUGUUACAGAUACAAAAAGAGUAUUACUUGCCAAAUGAACAAAGUUUAGCUGAGUCUCUGUAGCAUACAAAUUAAGUACUUUUUUUUAAAAAAUUGCUAUGAAUUUAUAUUAUAUUAACUAUGAGAAGUUCAGGACUGAACGAACUGUUUAAUCAGGUUGAACCCUGCAUAUGUUUCUGUUCUCAUCGGCGCUGUGUGUUAAAGUGUUCAAAUACCACACACGGACUGUCUUCCCCUGCUGCACUUUCCAUGUGUUUAUGAAAACACACUCAGUAAUUUAAAAAAAAAAAACAAGGAUACAUAUUUCCUAAUACUGUAUUUCAGCGUUGCUUAUUGUUCAGCUCAUUUCCCUGAUUGGCACAAAUACAAGAAUCUACUUGAACCAUGUACCAAGCAAAUAUAAAAUGUUCCAUGAAGAAUUUCUCAGGCCAAAAAUUUGUCAUGAACAGUUCUUGAUUAGACUGUAGAUCUCAAGGAUAAACGAGAUGGGAUAUUUUUGUUUCUCUAGGGAAACAAGGGCUGAUUAGUCUGUGGGCCCCAGCUACCCUACCCGAGCUGGCAGCGUUCUUCCAAAGGAGGCAGCCGUCCCAGGAGGCACUGUGCCCACCCACACACGCCAGUCCCGACCUCUGCCACAGAGUCAAAGCAGGCAGGACAUUCCACCCCACCACACAGGGACAGAAGGAGGUGCACUUUUGCGUGGCACAUUCUACCUGAGUUCCCAGAAUCCACGAGAACCGCUCUGUUUAGAGGCAGGCAUGGAUAUUUCUGACGUGGGAAGAACUCUCUAGAGAGAGGUCUCUGGAAAGGGGGUGUCCCAUUGAGUCAGGACCAAGCAAGUGUUUUGUUCCUGUUGUUGUUGUUGUUGCUUUUAUUGUCCUUGGUUGUCAUGUAUUUUAAAUAAGUAUCUACUGAGAUCUUAGUUUCCUAAGUUACUUUAGAUACCCUAAAGAACAUGGUCAACAUCACGUCUGUUUCCCACAUGACUCCUGUCCACGUGAACGAUCCUUUCACAAAAGCGCUCGUAUGAUGUUUGGUUUACCCACUCAUGGUGUGUGUGCAAUCACAGCCUAUUUUAAAGGCUGACAACGUUCUAAAGCUCACUAAUGGCUGAUUACUUCAAAAUAUCCUGAUUCAACUGGCUCCAAAUAGAAAAUACGCAAUUGUAGAAAGAAAAUUGUAUUUAGAAGUUAAUAGUCACAGAAAGGAAAUAUGCAUUUCGGGAACUCAAAAUCACACUGAGUAGGGGUGAUUUUAGCAGGAGAUCCUACCAAGUCCGGCUGGAGCGAGCACCUGCUGAAGAGUAGAAAGGCCACUGAUCCAUCUGGCUUAGAUUUCUGAGCUGGCGUGUUUCAGCUCCAGCUGCUGACAGUGGUCUUGCAAUCCUGCCACUGCAUAGUGGCCAGAGGCGGGG